AUGGCUUCAAGCACAAGGUUCUUCGCCCUCGCCGUCUUCGUGUUCUUGAGCAUCAGCGUAUGCCAAGGGGCUCGUCACCUGUUAGACACUCCGGCUGCAGCUGCGACCCCUCCAGUUCCGACCACCCCAACACUCCCAGUUCCGACCAUCCCCGCGUUGCCUCAGCCCCAGCUCCCUCCGCUGCCCCCGAUUCCCAUGAAUCCUGCCAUACCGAAUUUUGCAGCGCCUCCCAUGCCAGCGAUACCGACUAUCCCUGGAAUUCCUUUCAUACCCGCUUUUCCAGCUAUCCCGGGCAUCCCAUUUCUUCCACCGCCUCCUUCGACGAAAAGCCCUUGA